CCAUCUACUCAGCAUGCGCAAGUAAUCGAUAUUGCUCAAUCAUUUCAACCAGUUACGCAGUGUAUGUGGGAUCAUUCGCUGUCAUCUGCGCUUUUCAUCGCUUCACCUUCUUCGUCACGAUUAAUCAUAAUGGACACGUUAACGUGUGAAAGUGAAACCAUUGGCAAGUGGACUGAUUCACGUAUUCAUCGCAUUUACUCAUCUCCCGAUAGCAGCAAAUUACUUGUUACAUAUUAUUCUGAUUUUAUUAAAGUAUACGAUCGCAAUACGAAUUGGAGUGAGGAACGGUGGAGUGGUUUGCAUGGUGGUUGUAUUUCAGCGGUUUGGUCGAACGAUUCCACUUAUUUGUUGUUUGCGAAUCGAGAUCAACCGUGUAUUUAUUCGGUUCGAUUCGCGACUCGUAUCGAACUCAGCCAAGACGGAAAUCAAAUCUUGUAA